AUGAAGAAAACUCUGAUAGUGGAGCCUGCCAUUUGCAUGUAUAUAUUUGCUUAUUCCUUGUACCUGCCUUUGGGGCAGCAGUAUGUGUAUCGGAGGAUCUGGGAAGAGACAGUCAACUCCAGCUUCAAAGAUGAUGACAAUGUUUCUCAUUGUGAACUAAACCAAAGUGAUCCAAUUUACUUGAAGGAACAGGAAGUCCAAGAAAAAGCAUCCCUCUUUGCCAUGAAAAUGGAUUUAAGCGGUGCCGUUCUCAACAUUUUGGUAGCCUUUGUUCUUGUAGCCAAUGGGGAUUGCUGCGGACGCAAAAUCUCACUAAUUCUUCCUCUAGUGGGGAAUCUUGUAACCAGCAUCUUCCUCGGUGUCAUGUCCUAUUACUCUCUCUCCCUCUCUUUUCUGUAUGCUUUGGCCUUCAUAAGUGGGCUGUUUGGGGGUAUGGCGACCUUCCUGGGGGGCGCCUUUGCUUUUGUAGUUGAUCUCUGUGAGAAUCACAAACAGAAGACUGUUCGGAUAGCAGUGGUCGACUUGAUCUAUGGAUUGGCCUCUGGACUGGGAGGACUGUCUUCAGGGUUCAUUUUGAAAGGAAUAGGUUUUACUUGGACAUUUUUGACUAUUUCACUGAUUGGCAUGGUUAACGUUUUCUAUGUAACAUGUUUUUUGGAUGAUACAGUACGGGUAUCUGAAGUCCAGCAACAGUCUCUGAUGGAAGGCCUUAAAAGAACCUUUUCUGGAAUCCAUGCGCUUUUUAAACCCUCUUCUUUCAGGAAGCGAACUUGGAUCAUCUUGCUGCUGUGUACAUUUAUGGCUUAUUUGUUCACAGUCUUUGGUGGGAUGUCUCUGUUUACCCUUUAUGAACUGAAUGACCCCCUCUGCUGGAAUGAACUCUACAUAGGAUAUGGAUCUGCAGCAUCCACUUCAAUGUCUUUGACCAGUUUUCUAGGAGUGGUUGUACUUUCUCAAAGGCUGAAGGACAUCUACCUCAUUUUCAUUGGGAUUUUCUCUUACCUUGGAGGAAUUAUCAUGGCUGCCUUUGCCAACACUACGUUGCUCAUGCUUCUAGUGCGCAUGCCAUCUCUGCUGAGUUUUAUGCCUAUUCCAGUGCUUCGAUCCAUGCUGUCAAAGGUGGCUCUUCCUAGUGAACAAGGUGCUCUGUUUGCUUGCAUUGCCUGCCUAGAGAUUGUGAUCGGUACCAUCUCGUUUGCUGCCUUUAAUAGCAUCUAUGCAGCGACUGUAGCUUGGUUUCCAGGCUUCAGUUUCCUCUUAUCAGCUGGCCUCUGUAUAAUUCCUUUGAGCACACUGAGCUGGCUUAUGUGUGCCACUGGGCACCAACAGGCGUAUGUGCCACUAGUACGUGAAGAAGACCCUGCUGGAGAAGAGACCAACAGCUCAUAA